AUGUCGUCGCCUCUUCCACCUCCCCCUCCACCACAAUGGGUUGUUGGGCUGAACUCCCCUAUGCCACGUCCUACCAAGGCCGCUGCCAGUAUUCCGGAUCCACCAGGCUUCUCCAGCCGGGCAGGUAAACAGCAGAAGCAGCAGCAGAAACAACCGAUCGAAAAGAAGCCCGAAGAUACCGACACCUUGAAGCUCAAGAAGGCGUGGGAGAUCGCCAUCGCUCCCUCCAAGCAGAUCCCGAUGAACGCAAUCAUGAUGUACAUGUCCGGCAACAGUCUCCAGAUCUUCAGUAUCAUGAUGGUCUUUAUGUUGUUCAAGGGUCCUAUUCAGGGUUUGAUCGGUACCAACGCCGUGUUUGCGAAAUUUGAGACUCCUUCGACCCGCGGGCGUUUGAUGGGUGUGAAGGCCGUCUAUGUGCUUGUACAGCUGGGACUACUAGCCCUGGGAAUCUGGAAAGUCAAUGCUAUGGGUCUUUUGCCGACAACGAGAUCAGAUUGGCUGGCAUGGGAGUCGGAACGACAGCCCCUGGAGCGAGCUUACUUUGCCUUUAGGUGA